AGUAAUUUUCAGACGACUCCAGCAAAUUGACUGCGUAAAACUCCAAGAAGAGGGGGUUUGUACAAUUUGGUGCUGUAUUUGGGACACAACUUAUCGGAACAUAUUUUACGUUAUGUGAAUUUAGAUGCUUCAUGUAUCUACCUAUUUAAAUACUCUCCCAGACUAUUUGGAAACAACGAAGCCGCUUGUUCUUUAACCAUCGACAUGUUCAAGCGCGGAUCUAAAAAACGACGGUCGAAUCGCUCGCAGGAGGAGGAAGACCCAGACCGGGGACAACCAUGUAUAAGAUGUGGAGACCAGUGUCCUGGCUUUCGCAUGCAUGGCUGGAGAAAGAUCUGUGUGCACUGUAAGUGUGUGCGUGAGGAGCAUGCAGUGCGGGCAGUGCCGGGCCAGCUGGAGAGGAUGAUGAUGAAGCUGGUUUCAGACUUCCAAAGACACUCCAUCUCUGAUGACGACUCGGGCUGUGCCUCCGAGGAGUACGCCUGGGUCCCACCUGGACUCAAGCCUGAACAGGUGUAUCAGUAUUUCAGCUGUAUCCCGGAGGACAGAGUUCCCUAUGCUAACAGCUCAGGAGAGAGGUACCGCAUCAAACAGCUCCUUCACCAGCUACCAGCUCACGACAGUGAGCAUCAGUACUGCAACCAACUGGAUGAGGAGGAGAAGAAGGAGCUUUGUCUGUUCAGUCAGCAGAGGAAGAGGGAGAACCUGGGCAGAGGCAUGGUCAGACUGUUCCCUGUCACCAUGACCGGAGCCAUCUGCCAACAGUGUGGCAGACAGAUCUAUGGUGGGGACAUAGCAGUGUUUGCCAGCCGAGCGGGGCACGGUAGCUGUUGGCACCCUCAGUGUUUCCAGUGUGCCUCGUGCACUGAGCUGCUGGUAGACCUCAUCUACUUCUACCAGGACGGACAGAUCUACUGCGGCCGGCACCACGCUGAGAGAAUGAAACCACGCUGCCAGGCCUGUGAUGAGAUCAUUCUAGCAGAUGAGUGUACGGAGGCAGAGGGCCGACACUGGCACAUGAAGCACUUCUGUUGUUUUGAGUGUGAGGCAGCGUUGGGAGGGCAGCGGUACAUCAUGAGAGAGAGCCGGCCGUACUGCUGCUCCUGCUAUGAGUCCUUCUAUGCAGAGUACUGUGACACCUGUGGGGAACACAUAGGUAUAGACCAGGGUCAGAUGACCUAUGAGGGCCAGCACUGGCAUGCAGCCGAGUCCUGUUUCUGCUGUGCCCGCUGUCGGCUCCCCCUGCUGGGGCGGCCUUUCCUCCCGCGUGGGGGCCUUAUCUUCUGCUCCAGGCCCUGCUCCCUGGGAGAGGACCCAGAUAACUCAGACUCGUGUGACUCAGCCCUCCAGAGCCGGCCUCUGCAGCACAGGCACUGUGAGACUGCAGAGAAGAUCCAACAGUCGCAGCGCUGCUCCCCACAGCAACCACCAGAGAGAGCCAACAUCCCUGUUGUCUCAGGAAAAGACUGUGUUCAUGCUGCACAGGAAAAUGAAGGUGUUCACAUCUCUACUGAUGUUCCAAAUGGAGUCUCCCCACCACCCAAUGGUCAUCGUAACCUCAGAAGGUCCUACUCUCCUCUUCCCCACUGUCGCUUAGCCAAUGGCUGGGCACCAUCUUGGCCUAUCGACCAAUCUCUCAACAGUUUGCACACUGGAGACUGUGGCAAGCAUCCAGGCAGUAGUCUGGAGUUUUUAGGAGAGCCCAACGGCUACGCUGGACACCCCCUCACCAGUUUCAGUAGAGGAACUUCUACUGCAAAGGACUGUGGGAACUGGGUGGAGAAGAGUAGUCAAGUUACGAAAGUGUUUCCUCCCCCGAGGAAUUCCUCCUUAUCUGCAUCACUAAACCACCCCAGUCCUGCUGACCCCCCGCCCCUCCCAGCCCCUCUACCCACCAAGUCUCGUGAUUUGAUGGCCAAGCCAAAUCUGCACCAACCAGAACCAAGCCCCCCUGACCAUAGUCCCCAAUCAUUUCGCAAUGGGACAGCCAGAGUCAGCUUCCGAGAGCCAAUCAGCUGCAGCUACUCUGUGAAUGAGGAGGAGGAGGAAGAAGAUGAGGAGAGAGGAGAAAAGGAAGAAGAACAGGUGGAAUGGGAGGAAGAGGAUGGAGGUUUUGGGCGCAGAUUACAUAUGGAGAAGGGCAUUCCACCUCAAAUGGACCUACUGGAUGGUUCAUACCAACAUCGUAGUUUACGGCGGGGGUGGAAUCGAGGCCGUGUGGCCUCUGACUCCGUUCUCCACCUAGGCACAGAGACACGCUUCCGUCACUCUCUGCCUGAUCGGCCCCGUCUGGACGCUCUAGAAUGGAGAGGACAGCGGGAGAGUGCUUCCCUCUCUUCCCCUGGCACCACAGAGCCCCUGUCACUCACCCUCCAGCGAGCCCAGUACAACAAACAUGAGGACUCCUGCUCAACCUGCUCCUCCUCCUCAGAAUCAGAGGAAGAGGGUUACUUCUUGGGGCAGCCCAUCCCCUUGCCCCCCCAGCUAACCCGAAGGCCCCCGUCCGUGGACGGAGAGAGGGAGGGAGAGGGGGAUGGAGAGAGGAAAGGAGUGAAGGACAGGGGUUUGAGGAACAGCCUGAGAAGGAAGAAGAGGAGGGCAAAUAGCCUUGGCGCAAAGGACAAAGACACGAACUGUGCAAUCUCCUAACUUUGACGCUCACAGACCCAGUGAAAGUUAUUCUUAUUCAACAAGCAGGCCAAUGUUCAAUAUCACAAAAAUGAAUCUGUAAUAUGUUGCAAUUCCUUUGGGAUACUUUGAACACAAUACUCAUAUGCAGUAGACUUAUUCAAAGAUGGAGUAAACUACUGUACUAUGACUAUCACAUAUUAGUGUUCAGAAUAUGAUUUAAAAUAUGUUUUAUGCGUUUUAUAUUUGUAUUUUGUUUUGGGCACGUUUUUGCACAGUAAAAUGAAACUUGCAUCCUU